AUGGCAGCUUGUCUCUACACCUUGUGUCUGCUGGUGCUUAGCUUUACCAUCCUGAACCUUAUCAUGCUACCUCAAGUUUUCACCAUCAACCAAGUUCCAAAAGUCUUUCAUGAAGAUGGCAACAUAUCAGGGUAUCGCCACCCAUGAAGCUCAGCCAAAGACUGCCUUUUCCAGCUAACAAAUGAAACUAUUAAUAUUUGGACUCAUUUUCUGCCUACAUGGUUUUUUUUCUGGAAGCUGCUGACUGUGGUGCUGGUAAUGGGUGAUAUACGGGAUCCUUUCACCUGGCCCCUGCUGGUGUUCCUACUCUCAUGCUGUGUGUACCCACUCACAUCCAGCUGUGCUCACACCUUCAGCACCAUGUCAGAACAGGCCAGACACAUCUGCUUCUUUGAUUAUGGAGCUCUCAGCUUCUACAGCCUUGGUUCUGCCAUCACCUACUCUUUUUACACAUUUCCAGAGAAAUGGAUGAAUAGCACUUUUCACACAUACUAUGUUCCUAUAGCUGUUGUCAACUCCACUACACUGGCCUGCGACUCAAGGUCUUCUCACAAAUUAAACGAGAAACUAUGCAAACGUCUACGGAUAGAGCCCUUUGUCUAUCCGUAUGUCUUUGACAACAUUCCUCUCUUUUAUAGAAUUUUUGUGUGGGUUGGUGAGGGUUGCUCUGUAAAUGAGGCCAAGGUGGUUCACUACUGGCACAUAGCACUGGCCGGGUUUGGGAUUGUAUAA